AUGGCCACCGAGAAACCUGCCGAUUACAGGUUACCGACGAAUGUGAAGGCAACUCAUUACGAUCUUACCAUCAAGACUGACCUCGAGGUUCUUAAAUUCUGGGGAUAUGUUAUCGCUCAUAUUGAUAUUCUCGAGGACACUUCAUCUAUCACCCUCAAUGCUUCCGAUCUUUCAUUCGCGCUCGGGUCCAUCGCCGCUAUAGACUCCUCGGGGAAUUUGCACAAGGCUAAGGCUGAUAUUGUGGAGGAUAAGAAGCAAGAAAGAGUCACGUUCCAAUUUGAGGAUCCGUUCAAGAAAGGCAGCAGUAUCCAACUUAGAGCGGCAUAUGAAGCAGAGUUGGGAAAUAGCAUGUUGGGAUACUAUGUGUCGUCUUGGAACAAAGAUGGCAAGAAACGGUAUGCGUACCGUGAUCCUGAUCCCCUCCAAAACAGAGCCUUCCCUUCUUGGGACGAACCCCUCCUCAAAGCAACCUAUGCUAUCAACCUGAUUUCUCGCUCCGAUACAGUCAACCUCUCCAAUAUGCCAUCUAUCUCUGAAAUACCACUCAUCUCGGGACAAAACGCUUCUGAUGAACCCGUUGGUGUAAAAGGGUUAAGGGAGGUGUUUGGGACCGACGGCGAAGGCUGGAAGGUGACUGUAUUUGAGAAGACACCUAAGGUUUCAAGCUAUCUUGUUGCGUUUGCGAACGGGCAUUUCGCACAUAUCGAUGGGACGUAUACGAGCCCGUUAAGCGGGGAGAAACGUCCCCUUCGUGUGUAUGCUACCCCGGAUAUAAUUCAUCAAGGUCAUUUUGCAUUGGAAGUCAAGUCUAAGACACUCCCGCUUUAUGAACAAGUCUUCGAUGUUGAGUUCCCCCUUCCCAAGCUAGAUACGCUCGUUGCAGCAGACUUCGAUGCAGGUGCAAUGGAGAACUGGGGUCUAAUUACAGGUCGUACAACUGCUUUCUUGUUUGAUCCCAAGAAGUCGGAUUUGUCGGCCAAGAAGAGAGUUGCUCAAGUGCAGGCCCAUGAGGUAGCGCACAUGUGGUUUGGUAAUAUCACGACAAUGGCUUGGUGGGAUUCGCUUUGGCUUAAUGAAGGUUUCGCCACGCUCAUGGGUGAAGUGAUCAUCCUCAACAAAGUCUUCCCCGAGUUCCGAUGUCACAGCUCGUUUAUCAAUGAUCAUCUUCAACGAGCGUUGAAACUGGAUGCGCAGAGGAGCUCGCAUCCUAUCCAGGUUGAUUGCCCUGAUGCGAAUCAGAUUAACCAGUUCGAUGCUCUAUCGUACUCGAAAGCAGCCUCAAUGCUCCGCAUGCUUUCGCAAUACGUCAGCGAAGAGAAGUUUCUCAAGGGUGUUAGUAUCUAUCUUAAGAAUCACCUCUAUGCGAACAGUGAGCCUGUGGAUCUUUGGAAUGGUGUUAGCGAGGCUACCGGCAUCGACGUUUCCAAGAUGAUGGAUAACUGGGUUUGGAAGAUUGGUUAUCCCGUUUUGACCGUCACAGUCAGAGAAGGCGAUAUUCAUGUGAGACAGGAUCGAUUCAUUGCAACUGGUGAUGUGAAAGAAGAGGAGAACCAGACUAUCUGGCACGUAUCAGCCUCAGCCUCGUACAUCCCGCUAACCCUAUUAUCUACCGAUCCCUCUGGGAAGACGUCCAUUGACCGCAAGGUUGUUCUGAAUGAACGAGAGACAACAAUCGUACUUGAUACGACCAAGCCUUGGAAGCUGAACGCGGGAACCGUCGGAGUCUAUCGGGUCUCCUAUGAACCGGAGGUUCUCAAGCAGCUGGGCACUUGGGCUGCUGAGAAGGGUUCCCCCUUCUCGCUAGAGGAUCGCAUGGGGCUUGUGAAUGAUGCAAUUACUCUCGCUAAAGCGGGAACCAGUUCAACUAGUGGUGCCCUUGAUCUUAUCACGGGGUUGAAAAGCGAGACUGAGAAUCUUGUUUGGCAGAGCAUUGCUUCAACUAUUGUGUCAAUUAAGGACCUUCUUUGGGAGCAACCUCCUGCAUUGCAGGAGCGGUUUAGAGCUUUCGAGGCCUUCCUCUUCCUGCCCAUCGUAGAGCGACUCGGAUAUGAAAGCUCGCCAAGCGAUACUGUCGAUGAUCGUGAACUUCGAACGCUCGCUGUUGGCCGAGCUGCGAGGGCUAGACACCCAGCCGUCCUGGCGGAGUUGAGGUCCCGUUUCGCUCACUUCCUAGAGACUGGCGACGACUCCAAGAUUACCUCUGAUCUACAGAGAAUAAUCUAUAGCACGGCAGUCAGAUUUGGCGGGCGCAUAGAAUACGAGGCAGUGAAGGCAAUUUGGAGGAAGCCACCUACACCGUCUGCGAAAAACUCUGCUCUAAUCGCGAUCAUGCAGUCCGAGGACGCCGAGAUCUUUGAGGAAAAUGUGAAGUUGAUUUUCAAUGAGGUUCCCCUUCAAGACUGGCACACCACUUUCGCCGCAUUAAAUAUGAACACGGUUGUGCGUCGCAAGGCAACCGGCGUUUUUAAAAACAAUUACGAUGAGAUCAUUAAACGGUUCGAGGGCAAUUUCUCUCUUGGAUACAUCGUGAAGUACAAUUUUGAGUCCUACACUACCGAAGCAGAUCGGAAAGAAACGAAAGCAUUCUUCGAGGACAAGGACAACUCGAAAUACAACAUGGCGCUUAAUCAGGCUUUGGACUCUAUCAAUGCGAAUGCCACUUGGCUUGAUCGGAGCCUGGGCGAGAUUGAGAGGUGGCUCAGGGAGGUUCCGGCAAAGAUUUAA